GGGUGCGCACCCGGGUUCAGAAGACAGUGUUCACAUCAACCAAACGAACCGAACUAUGACGUUAAUCGAACCCGGGUGCGCACCAAAAUUGCUAAUGUGAAACCGCCCUGAAAGCAAAACGGACCCGGGUACGCACUUGAUGAGGAAGUAAAGUGACCUGCGCAUGCGUUUAAACCAAUUACGAUGUAUUUCCUUCAAUAAAACACAUGUAAGAUGUGAUAGUGUUGAUGAUUUACCUUGGAUUCGAGCGAGAGUGCAGGCUGUAUCGUAUUUCAGCGUUGCGGGUGGAAUCAGAUCGGCAGGUCAAUGUGCACAUUUUUCAUGACGUAAGACGAACGCAAACGCACCAGGGUUCGACAGAAUCAAGUUGAGUCUGAAACCAAACCAACGCUGUGGGGGGAACCAAGGAACAAUCGCACUCAAGUUCAGACCACAGCAAACGAGCCCAACGCCCUAAGUGGACUCGGGAACAGUUCGCGGUUGCGCACCUGGGUUCGGAAGACAGCGUUCAAAUCACCCAAACGAACCGAACUCUGACGUUAAUCGAACCCGGGUGAGCACCAAAAGUGCUAAUGUGAAACCGCCCUAAAUGUACAGAAGAAACGUAUCUUGCUUGCUAAUGGAACAGAUGGACAAAUUUUGUUGGGCAAAAAAAACUAUUCAGUGAAACAGAAUUCAACAUGUGAAAUGCUGUUUGUACCAUCACACUGUGAUACUCAAAUUUGUUGUUUUUUACUUAAUCUUUUAACUAUUUUAUAAGAAGAAAAUGUGAUUAUUGAUAAAGUCAGUGUGUUGAAUAUAUAAAAGAACUUUAGAUUUUGUUAAAAGAGUAAAUAUUUAGUGAUUUUUAAGGUCCUACUAUGGUUUAUGGAGUGUCCAAAAACAAGUUUACUUACAUAAGUGUAAAAACACGUUUAUUUUCUAAUAAUAGGCUGUUUGUAUUACCUUACUUCUUGACUUCUUGAAGAACAAUUUAUAUGUAUAGAUAAAAUAUAAUACAGAUAUAAUGGACGUCAGUGUAAAAUUGAAUUAUGCAAACUUGUACUCAAGACUACAAGGAAAGUGUCUGUGUAUAAAAGACUUUAAAACUUAACUCCACCCAAAGAAAGGUUUCGUGACUAUCAAGUGUGACAUCUAGUCCACACCUCUCAGAAUCCAGAAAUAACCAAAAUGACGUAAUGAGUUUUUACUGGAAUUCACUUGGAAAAUACUUUUGUAAAUCAAGUCUUUCUCACAGUGCAGACACAUAUCUAACUAGUAUGUAAGAAAGUUAGUAAUGAAAUAUGCAGAAAGCUUUGGGUUGUACUAGUCUCAUUUUGACAUGUUGUGUGCUGCUUUAUCUUGUACUUUGGACAAAUCUCUCUGAACAAUGGAACAGAAUUGAAGGACAAAUUGUUAAAUCUGGAUUUUUCGGGAAAAAAAACAAGCAUACAGAUGAUCGAGUACUAAUAAUGAAAACAAUCAUCACUUCCACUUUGAGUUUAUCAUCUGGAGCUACAAGUCUCUACAAAGCUGAAAACCUGUUUGUUGAACAUGAAGACAACACAACACCUAUCCAAAUCCUUUACAAGAAGAAUUUCACAAAAUUACCUGUGUGGGAUUUUGAAGAUGUUUAUUCACAAGACCAUGAUGCAAGAAAACCUACCUGUUCAAAGUCGCUACGAAACACAGAGGACCUCAAGAUCAAGGAAGCUUUUUUUCCCAACAUUCAACUAUGGCUGUACAGAGGUCAACUCAACAUAACAGAAUGGAAUAGAUUAGCACACUUCAACAAUCCCUUUGGCUUCAUGGAGUACAAGUAUGACGAGAUAAAACCAGCAGUUGAUUUAAUACCAAAACCGAAGUCUUCAAUAUUACUGCCUGUGCCUGAAAGUGCAAAGGAUGGCUGUGUCCGCUGUGCUGUCGUGGGCUCUGGUGGCAUUCUCAAUAACUCAAAAAUGGGCAAAGAAAUCGACUCCCAUGAUUAUGUGUUUCGAAUGAAUGGGGCACUUACAAAAGGUUAUGAGGAGGAUGUUGGAAAUAAGACCUCAGUCUUUGUGCAUACAGCUUAUUCAUUGUAUUCCACCCUUCUGGGAUUUCGUCAGUUUGGAUAUGACAGUAUUCCACAAAAUGAGGGCAUCAAAUAUGUCAUGAUCCCUGAGGGCCUGAGGGACUUCCAGUGGCUCCAGGGCCUUCUACAGGGAAAAGAGGCCUCAGGGGACUUUAAGGGUGUGAGACCACUGAGUUUCUUCAAUGGUCAUUUCAAUGAGAGCAGAUUUUAUGUUCUUCAUCCAGAUUUUCUUCGAUACAUUCGCAACAGAUUGAUGCCAUCCAAGCAACUGCAAGACAAUACCUGGGCAUUGUACAGGCCAACAAACGGAGCCUUUGCUUUGUUCUUGGCUCUGCAUACAUGUGACAUUGUUGAUGCCUAUGGAUUCAUUACAGAAGAUCACCAUAAGUACUCCAACUAUUACUUCGAAAAGUUCAAAAAGACCAGUGUCAUUUUCUAUAUUAACCAUGACUAUGGCUUGGAGAUCAAGACUUGGAAGAAACUACAUGAAUCUGGAGUCAUUAGACUCUACCAAAGACAGGAAAACAUGAGCACAUCAAGAGUGACAUAGGCCCGGUGUCACAGACCAUGCUUAAGGCUAGUCCCAGAUUAAAAUGAAUGUUUGACCUGUCAUAACUGAAUAUAACUUGCCCAGAAAUAUCUUAAAAUAUGUUAGCGCCAUUGUUUUGUCUCAAGAUGCACACCAGUAAUGUAUUCUUUUAAGGCAUUUUUGUAAAAGCAACAUAAAUAUCUUAAUUCAACUAAGGCAUAGUCCUGGCUUAAGCUAAGCGGUGUCCGUGUCUGGGCCAUAGUCUCACUGUUUUUUUGACAAUCUUUGUGUUGUUCAAAGUGUGAUUUAGCAUGACAUUUUUGUGUUAGUUAUCGACAUUUUGAAAGCCACAGCUCUGUUACACUCGUUUUACACUAUUCUUCAAUACAUGUCCAAUAUAAUACAAAAUGUCAUGCUGCAUAUCUAAGCAGGUUGUACUUCUCUUUAUAUCUGUCACUUCUAGAUGUUUUACGACAUAGGCUAAUAAAGAGGCAAAGGGGAAGCUCAUAUGCAGUAUUGCUUAUAGACCAUUUCGCUGAAUGUAAACUGGUACAGAAGCACUUCUGGGUUUAGUUUUUUUUUAUUGAAUAUUAUUAUUUUUUAUCUUACAGAUAUAAUUAAAUAAAUAAAUAAAUAAAUAUUUGUUUAACAUUUUGAUUCUGCAAUAAAUGUUCUGUUGGUUGUA